AACCCACCAUCCGGGAACCAGCAAUCAAACACACCACCACAAGGACGCACCAACAACAAGGUGAGUCCCUUUAAUGUUAUAUUGUCUACUGAGGACCGACCCACUAAAUUCACGAGAAGUGAACAGUAGCCGACCAUGUUCAGACUUGCCACCAAUCUUGCAUUCCCGCCUGCGGGCAUCUACCGCCACCCCCCUCAAGUCCACUAUGCAUGCAGGGCGAUUAGCACUACUCCGGUGGGCUUAAGGUUUUAAUAGCCCGCAAGCUGUUCUAACCACAUUACAAUAUUCAGCAGAAGAUGCGUAUCACCAAUCUUAAGUAUCAGACUGCGUAUUCGAAGGUCACCAUGACAGAGGCCCAGCAGAGACUGGGCUUUACGUUCAGGCAAUUCGAAAGUCAUUCCAUGCCGGUUAGCCAGAUGUUGGCACACAUCAAGCCUGAGAUUGACGGUCUCGGAAAAGAUCAGGUUCAGAAAACCAAGGAAAAGGUUUUCGACAAUAUUGUCGAAUUUAUUGAAGGUGAAUGCUAUCCUACAGAGUCGAACGAAGAUUUCAAGGAAGCUAAUGUCAAUGACUUGGUUUUACUUAUAAUCCUCCCUAUACUCACGGCUUUCAGACGUGAGACUGGGUGCGACCUUUGCCUACAAAGGGAAAAAGAGAUUAUUGCCGUGGACUCGGAGACUGGUGGCUAUCAGGAAUUUGUUGUGAUGGACUUUAUCGGGCUGGUGGACCAGAAGUUUGUUUUUGUAGUGGAAGCAAUGAAGUCCUCUGUUGGACAGGCGAAGAGACAAUGUUUGUUGGCAAUGAAAGAUAUGGGAGAUAAUAAUGGCGGAGGGGUGGUGCAUGGCUUUGUUACUACCGGGGAUCAGUGGCAAAUGAUCCGGUAUGAUGGCACGGCUUUUACUCAGACAGAGCACUUUCAGGUGAUGUUUCCUACAAUGGGGCGGGAGAAGGGGAGAUGGAUGAAGGAGGCCUCAAUUAUUGUGGACUCUAUUCACGCAGCGUUGAGAAGCGGAGUAUUUCUGGCGGGUAAUUGAAAGUGAGCAUCUGGUGGAGUUUUUCUCACGGGGAUUUGUAUUUUUUUGCGGUAGGGUGUAAUUAGUCGUUAAUUGAUUCUCUUUACUCUUG